AUGAAAAAUACUCCAAGUCUAAUUCUUAGCUGCACUUCUAACCAAACAGAGCUAAUUUUAUCCAAAUCUUUCAAUAAUUAUACCUAUGUACGAUAAGCAUUGUGAAAGUAAUUCUUCUUUUUUUUAUAGUAAUUAUUAUAAUACCAAGCUCUUUUUUUCUUCAUAGAGAAUACACAAUUUUAGGCAUUUCUAUAGACAUGAACCUAGGAAAAGUAUACCAAAGAUUAUCCUCAAUUUCUGGUAUGAAUUACAAAAAAAUCGAAAAUGCAGUUAUGCAUGAAUUUAUCGAUAUCCCAGUUCCUAUGAAAGAUCAUAAAGGGUUUGAUUUUUCAUUUUCAGGGCCUUACCAUAGGACUCUCCAGCAUAUAUAUCCAAGUGUAACAGGAAUUAAAAAAAUACCAUACAUUGAACCACUUUUUCGAUUGGAAAAUCAUGAAGGAAUUUCAUCCCUUCUUGCUUCAUUUCAAGUCUCUGUUAUAGACCAAUUAGAAAGAAGGAUAUCAAAAGCUAUAGAAUGAAGCAUAAAAGAGAAUCCAGGGGUUAACACACUGGUGAUAAUUUAUAUAGGGAUUUUGUGGAGGUGUUGCAAAUAAUUAUAAAAUUGCGGAAAGCUUACGGAAAGUGUGUGGAAAAUAUGGCUGAACAUUAAAAGUGCCCGCUUUUCCAAGCACCAAUGUCUAUCAUAUGAAAAAUUGCUUGGAAUUAAUGAAGAUAAGUGGAUAUAAUUUUGAUAUGAGGAGAGUUGAUAUAAAAUGCUAUGAAAACUAUCCGCUAGGCCCUUUUCUAUUUUCUAACAAUUAA